AUGUUACGCUACAUCUGCAUUGAGUGCAGGUCAUUCUUACCAUGGCACUCCAUACAUCGUCAUUUUCCAAUUGCAACGGCCACGCGCACUGCCAACACGGUGGCGCUUCGACCCAUCAAGCGCGCCAAGACAGAACCGACGCCCAUCGAAGCGCUCGGGUCCCACGUGCUCCUGAGCCUUGUCCCGUUCCUGCAGCCAAAUGAUGUGCUCAACCUCUCCAGCGCCAGCCCUGCGCUCGACGCAGCCAUGAACAGGUCGGUAUGGCGCUAUGUUCUCAUCAAGCAGUGUGGCGUCAAGCCAAAAAUGAUCAAGCCGCGAUCGCAGCUCCGCAAGAUGGUCGUCGGUCUUGUCGAGAAGAAAACGUGCAGCCAUUGCGGCCACUUUGAGGUCCGUGGCCCCUUCACAGCUGGCAAUCCGCACGACGGCGCGAAGCUCUGCCUGACAUGCAUCGAGAUACCAAUGUUCAACGAGAUUGGACACAUGGAAGCUCUUCGCAAGUACAAGCUCAAGCACCACGAGCUGCAUACGCUGCCAGUGCGUCUCGUCGCCUCUGCGUACGAAACUCGCGAACCGGAUCUCUACACCUAUGACGACGUGGGCGAACCACGCAUGAAGAAGAUGUACAAUCUACAGGAUGUGCUGGAUCUCUGGUGCUUCGUGUACCUCAAAACGCUUCGCAUCAGCGACUUUGCUCUGACUUGCGAUGAGGCCGCCAACGUCGUUUCUGGCGUACCGCAGUUGUCAUCGCUGACGGUGUCGUUGCGCCCCUCCGAUGCGUUCAACGUGCUGCCAGCCUUGUAG